AAGCUUCCAAUCGGAUGGCAACGCCAACGCUAAUAAAGCUACUGUCAAAGUUGCCCAAAGCUAAAUCCGAAAUACAUACAUACAGCGAAAGCAGAAGCAAAAGUCAAGCUGCUGGUGCUGCCCACCAGUGGGCUCUAAAAAUCCCAUUUAAGAGGCAUCUACUGCAUAUUCAUAUGCAAAAGCCAGUCAACAUGUCUACAGGAGCAGCAGCAGUAUCAACUGUCUCAGCAGCGUCUUGCGGACUGGGCAAGCAGCAGCGUCGUCGUUUGGCUGCCUUCGAUUUUGAUCAUACAAUUGUAUCCCAGAAUACAGACACAGUGGUGCGCGACAUGCUACCCAAUGAAUUGAUAAGCUCAAAAGCACUCACCGAUCUAAUGGAAAGCGAAUGCUGGACAGAGUAUAUGGCUGAGAUAUUUCGUUUGUUGCAUGCGCAACAAGUCCAGGAGUCGCGCAUUCGUGACGUUAUACGCUGUAUACCGGAGGUACCUGGAUUCGUGCGCCUGAUAAAGCACUUGCAAAAGCGUCUCAACUUCGAUUUGAUCAUCAUUAGCGAUUCAAAUAGUGUUUUCAUUGAUGAGUGGCUACGCGCCCACAAUUUGUCUGAUUGCUUCAAGGCCAUCUUUACAAAUCCCGCUCAUUUCGAUGAGCACGGCCAGCUUCAAGUGCGUCCGCAUCAUCAGCAAACGGAUUGUAAGCUGAGCGCCAGCAAUUUGUGCAAGGGCCGUGUUUUGGAGCAUUUUGUAAUUGAGCAGGAUCUGCGUUUCAAUAUACGAUACGAUCAUGUAUUUUACGUCGGCGACGGCAACAACGAUAUUUGUCCUGUUUUGAGGCAGCGCGCCUGCGACUUUGCCUGCGCCCGCCAGGGCUUUGCCAUGGAGAGACAUUUGAUUAAAAAUCGCAACAAAUUGAAGUUGCGAGCCCAGUUGCUCAUCUGGCGAAAUGGUUUCGAUCUGCUCGAGCAGAUGUGCGCAUUGCCCCAGCUUCAAGGACAGUCAAUUGAAUCUCAUCCAUUGGAAACUGAGAUCGGCAGACGUGCAUCAGCUGCAGCACCAGCUGCGUCUCCUGCUCCGCCGGAACAGUAAACAUUUCUUUGGCAUAAACAAUACAUACAUAUAUACA